AUGUCGUCUCCCUCUGCUGUGGGUCCCAGUUUCGACUGCGGUAUACUCCCCAUCCCACGGCGCCUGCGUUAUGACCCGGCGCGACCAUUCGUGUUUACCAUGGUGCUGAAUGUCCUAUUCGGAUUCGCCGCGACCUUCAUAGUGGCCAAUUUGUAUUACUGUCAACCGCUACUGAUUCUCCGAGUCGUUUGGGGUGGAUUACGAUCGCGUUUCUCAGAUACCGACGCUGCUGCAGGCAGGGCGAGUCACCGCCAUCACCCUCGAGUUUUACGGCUGAAGGAUUUGUCCAGAUAUGCAACAGGCAUCUUGUUCAUUUCCCCCCUGGGCGAUCUCGUUCGCCGACGUCAGCUCAUCCUGACUCUCACUCUCGUUUCUGCCAGUCUGACCGUGGGGGUGGCCGUUACUAAGAACAUUGUCGUGUUCGAGGCGUUGUCCUUUCUCAUCGGCAUGGUAUCGCUCACACCGCAGAUCAUGAUCCCUCUCGCAGCCGAUCUAGCCCCGCCAGAACGCCGAGGAUCGGCGCUGUCCAUCGUUUAUUCCGGCUUACUUCUCGGUGUCCUCGUGGCCCGAGUCAUUGCUGGGAUCAUCGGCCAAUUCACAUCGUGGCGGGUGGUGUACUACCUCGCCAUCGGCGUCCAAGUCUUCGUUCUCCUCGCAGGGUACCUCAUCAUCCCAGACUACCCAGCCAAAAAUACGGACCUGACGUAUUUCAAAAUCCUCUCCUCGAUGGCUCGAUUCGCCGUCACCGAACCGAUCCUAGUCCAGGCCUGCCUCGUCAACCUCGCCUCAUGCGCAUGCUUCACCAACUUCUGGGUCACACUCACCUUUCUUCUCGGCGGCGCGCCGUACUUCUAUUCGACGCUAACGAUCGGGCUCUUUGGUUUGAUCGGGAUCCUUAGUGUCGUCUGCGGGCCGCUGUUUGGCAAGCUGAUCGACGGGCUGAUGCCCUGGUACGCGUCCAUGUGCUCGAUUCUGUUCCUGCUAUCGUUCCAGGCGAUCCAGACUGCUGCGGAGACGAUGAGUGUGGCGGUGGUCGUCAUUGCUAUAAUUGGUCUCGACAUGUUCCGUCAGUCGCUGCAGAUGUCCUUGGCGGCAGCCGUAUUCGAAAUUUCGACAGCUGCGAGAGCAAGGUUGAACGCCCUAUUCGUGCUGUCGCUGUUCAUUGGCCAAUUGAUGGGCACGGCCGCAGGGACCAAGGUGUACACGGCAUACGGCUGGCGGGCAGCCGCGGCUCUCAAUAUGGGCUUCUACGGCUGGAUUCUGAUUGUCCUGCUUGUGCGCGGGCCACAUUGUGGUCGCUUCACGUGGUUCGGCUACGAAGGAGGAUGGGCCGUGAAAAAAGUCAAGGCUGCCCAAACCAUGGAUGACACACCGAGUAAAAGCUCCAGUGUAAGAGGGGAUCAAGAGGCUGCUCCCUCAGAGAAAUAG